AUGGAUGGACAGGCCCCCACCACGCCUGGAGGACAAAAGGUCGCCAACCAGAGGGCAGGAUGGAAAAUGCAGGUGGCCCUCAUACUGUGCCUGCUGCAAGCUGCCAACGCGCUGAAGGGCCCGAGGCUGGUGUCUGGGGAGCCUGGGGGCGCUGUCACCAUCCAGUGUCGUUACACCCCCACGUCCAUCAACAGGCACCAGCGGAAGUACUGGUGCCGCCUGAGCCCCCUGACGUGGCUCUGCCACACCGUCGUGUCCACCAACCACUACACGCACGGGCGCUACAGGGGCCGCGUGGCGCUGGCGGACUUCCCGCACCGCGGCCUGUUUGUGGUGAGGCUGACCCAGCUGUCCCCGGAGGAUGGGGGGUCCUACCGCUGUGGCAUCGGAAACGGGAACGACAUGCUGUUCUUGAGCAUGAACCUGGCCAUCUCCACAGGGAUGGAUUGGCCCAAGACCGUAUCACCUUGUGAGGUUGCAUUGCAUGUAGCGAACACCUGCAGCCUGGCAUCCUUUGCCAAACCCCGUGGCCGCAGAGAGCCUUCCCAUGUUUCCUUCUGCCCUUCACACAGGCUCUCCCAGUCCCAGCCCCGGAGCAACGUCAGCUGCCAGUGAGCGCCUCAGGAGAGCCUUCGGAACAGCCUCUCCAGCGGCCAACAGAUGGGCCCCAGGAACCACCCAGACUAGAGAAAGGCAGGGGACAGAAUGGGGCAGAGCUGCUCUGACUCCAGAAACCAGCAAAAGAACAG